AUGGAGCAUAUUGAUCCCAGCUGCGGAAUGGAGCCUUAUUCCCAGGAUAUCUUCACUGACGAGAUUGUCAAGGACACGUUUGGCCCCAUACAAGUUCCAUUGGGUUCCACAGUGCCAAGUCUGUCUGAAGAGAUCCCAAGAAACUACGACCUUCCACCGUUUGCGUCCGGCGUUACUCUCGCCUACCAAGCCGACGCUACUGAGACUGCGGCUUCUGAAUUGCUGCUACCGUCCCCAGUUCCUCGUACUGGGCCACGAUUCGAGUCUUACACAGACGAUAUAUGGGAAGUGCACAAGCCACGGAUUCGAGAGUUAUAUAUCGAGAAGAACAAGAAAUUGCGGGAAGUCAUGCAGCACAUGACAGAGGAAAAAGGAUUUAAGCCGUCGAUGAGCAUGUAUAAGACCCGCCUCGUAGCUUGGGGUUUCUUCAAGAACAACCGGGAGAAAGACGUGACGGCGCUGCUCCGCCUCAAGCAAACCCGCGAUGUGGCUGGAAAAUCGUCCGUCAUCUUUCGGGCUGGGAAACCUGUCAAUGAACACCAGAUCCUGAACUACUUGAGGCGGAAGAGGAUGAACCCUCAGGACCUCGUAUCAGGAGAAGAGAACGACGACCAAAUCCCGAUUAGCGACCACAUCUGCGUCCGAACACCGUCUCCAACCCUUUCAGCUCACUUGUCACUCCCCUCUGGGAAUAUCCGAGACGGAGAGGCGAUGCUCCUCAGCGUCAAGUAUUGGUAUACUGUCUGGAUAGGCGAAACAUGUCGCCUUCGAGACGGAUCUAUUCCAGACCAUUUCCAGCUGGCCGAGGUUGGAGGAUCAAACAUUGUCGACUGCGUCUCUCUUCUGCUUCGGCUAGGCUGCAGACUGUUACGUCACAAGCGAUUCGUGGAGGGUGGCGCAUAUGUCCAAGGAGGUUUUGUCAUCGUCGAGAAUCUUCUCCGAGAAAUGGGCGACGUAUCACGCGGUUCGAAACAAUCUCCCGUGUGGAUCUUCGGACUCUGGAAACUACUCAUGGAAAAGGUUCCCAUUCAUGUCAUCAACGUGGACUGA